AGGGAGGGAAAAGAGAAGAACAGAAAGACAAGCAGGACCAAAGUCCCAGUUUCCUCUCCCUUCUUUCUCCCAGUGACUCCAAGGUGAGAUCAGCAGAUUGCAAGCAUGCUGUCCCUCAGCUCCCUGUCCAUCCUCCUCGUCCUGCUUCUCCUCCACCCCUCACAGCUGUCUGCGCAGGAAGUGCUGAUACGUCUCGCAGGCGUGGGUCGACGGAAUGCAAACGAGGGACGUGUGGAGGUGUUCUACGACGGAUCCUGGGGCACAGUGUGCGAUGACGAGGUGGAUAUUAAACUUGCCAACGUGCUGUGCCGGCAGCUGGGCUUCCAGCGCAGCUUCACCUGGGCACACAGUGCCAAGUUUGGCCAAGGACAAGGUCAUAUCUGGUUAGACAAUGUGCGCUGCCAGGGCUCAGAGACCUCUGUUGCACAGUGUCAGUUCAGCGGUUGGGGAAUCAAUGACUGCACCCACGCUGAAGACUUGGGAGUCAUUUGCAGCCCAGAAAGAAGAACUGGCUUCCCCCCUGCCAUUUUAGACGAGACAGCUUCAUCUUCAGGUCAACAGCCAAGCCAACAGAGGCAAAGAAACUCACCGCCUUCCCCGGUGCAACCUGCAACCCCAGCAAACUCUUACUCAGCAAGAGGCCACGAGAUUGCCCUUCAUCGCAGCACGUCCUCCUCCCGCCGCAACAGCGUCUCGCCCCGGGAAAACGGCCACGAGAUCCAGAUCUCGAGGCGAAAUCGAGGUGGCUCAAGAGCAAGCCAGCAGGUCAGCCCACCCCUGCCGCGAGGUCACCAGCUGCCCUCGCGCCUCGCAAACAGCGACGCCUACAGGCAGAGGCAGGAGGCGGCGAGGGCAAGUUCUCAGACCGUGAGGCACGAGCCUGGAGUGCAGGCGAACAGGCAGCCCCAACCUCAACAUCCUGCCCAGAUCCACUCUGACCGGAGGAGCGACAGGCAUCAGCAGCUAAGCGGAAACCAUGUGGAACCAGACCCAGUUUAUCCAGAUGUGGACUUGGAGACUGAUGUUCAAUACACACAGGGAUCUGAAAGGAUUUACCUGGAAGAGGCACGUCUUCGGCCCGUGCUGUCCGGCAACCAUGGUGGUCUGGUGACAGAAGGAGUCCUGGAAGUGAAGCAUGCUGGGAAGUGGCGUCACGUGUGCAACAAGGGAUGGGACCUGAGCAGCAGCCGUGUCGUGUGCGGCAUGCUGGGGUUUCCGGCAGCUGAGUCGUUUGACCAAAAUCCUUACAGGAAACUAUGGGACUCUAAGAUUGCAGAUCCCUCAUCAAGGCUGAGAUCCCAGAUCACUAAGAAGGCUUACUGGGUGGAGAAGGUGCAGUGUCAGGGUCUGGAAGUGUCCUUAGCGCAGUGUCCCGCACAGCUGUCCCUCCCCAGGAGUGAUGUCCCAUGCAAGGGGGGCAUGCACGCGGUGGUCCGCUGCGUCCCUGGAUUCCCGUUCGAGCGUUUUGGCAGAGCUCCCGCUCCACCUUCUGUCGCGCCUCUGGUCCGUCUGAAGGCCGGGCCCCGUCUCGGAGAGGGCCGCGUCGAGGUCAUGAAAGAGGGAAAGUGGGGCACGGUGUGUGACCACCUGUGGGACCUGAACGCAGCCAGCGUGGUCUGCAGAGAACUGGGCUUUGGCUCGGCUAAGGAGGCGCUCACCAGGGCUCAACUCGGACAGGGUACUGGUCCCAUCCACAUGAACAGCGUCCAGUGCACAGGCAGAGAGAGGUCUAUCAUGGAUUGUGUCUACAAACAAGUACCACUUUACACCUGCAAACACACCCAAGAUGUAGCUGUCCGCUGCAACGUCCCCAACACCGGCAUUCAGACAACCAUUCGUCUGGCAGGCGGAAGGGACCGUGGAGAGGGCCGUGUGGAGGUGCUGAUGGAGGUCGGAGGAGCAAUGCGCUGGGGCUCGGUUUGCAGCGAGAACUUUGGCCUCAGCGAGGCCAUGGUGGUCUGCCGACAGCUCGGCUUGGGAUUCGCCUCCAGAGCUCAUGAGGAGACCUGGUUCUGGCCGGGAUCCUCCGACGCCAGGGAUGUGCUGCUGAGUGGGAGUCACUGCGUGGGCACAGAGAUGUCCAUCCAGCAGUGUCGCAGGAACGGUCAGGUCUACUGUCCCCGAGGGGGAGACGGCAGGGCUGCCGGAGUGACAUGUGUGGAGACCGCUCCCGACCUUGUGGUGGACGCCCAGCUCGUCCAGGAGUCGGCCUACCUGGAGGACCGGCCUCUUCACCUGCUGACCUGCGCCAACGAGGAAAACUGCCUGUCCUCCUCCGCCGCCAGGAUGAACUGGCCCUACGGACAUCGCAGACUGUUGCGCUUCUCCUCCCGCAUCAUGAACAUGGGACUGGCUGACUUCAGACCGCGAGCCACCAGGGAGAGUUGGGUCUGGCACCAGUGUCACAGACACUACCACAGCAUCGAGGUGUUCACCCACUACGAUCUGCUCACCCUCAACGGGACAAAGGUGGCUGAAGGUCACAAGGCCAGCUUCUGCCUGGAGGACACCUACUGCCCCGAUGGUAUCCAUAAGCGAUACGCUUGCUACAACUGGGGCCAGCAGGGCAUCUCCGUGGGCUGCUGGGACACGUACCGCCAUGACAUCGACUGCCAGUGGGUGGACAUCACAGAUGUUCGACCUGGUGACUACAUCUUUCAGGUUGAAGUGAACCCCAGCCUGGACAUGGCCGAGUCUGAUUUCCAAAACAAUGCGAUGCGCUGCCGGUGCAAGUACGACGGAGCACGAGUUUAUCUCUUCCGCUGCCAUGCAGCUGACGCCUACAGCGCCGAGGAGGAGGACUUGUUCGACCACCAGCGUCAGCUUUCCAACAACUUCUUGUGAAUUACGGAACAUGUACAUUUAAGAACUGUACGGCUCUUUUCCAGGCCUCAGAAGUCAGGCGGCGAAGAGUAAACAACAGUAAAUCGGAAAAGCUGAGAGAGACGGGAAGAAAGUGAACGGAAGGAAAGGACAGAAAUGGCUUUUUAUUUUUGUCGUUUUUUAGGGUCCUGUGAUAGAGCGUUGUGAGAAGAUUUGGUUUUUGUUUGAACAUUAAAUAGGAAUAAAGAAUACAUGUAGAAAGAGAAAGGGAUGCAAAAGAAGACAAAAGCUGGACCAUGAUUUGUGAUAAAACAGUUUACAGAUUCAAAAUCAUGCCUUUUUUUUUUUUAACAAAUGUUAACGCCUUGUUUAAAUCAUAGCCACAGUUGUAAGUAGUGAGACGAAGGCACACGAGGAGAACCUGUAUCGUGCAUCACUCAAUUGUCCACAUAUUUACAAAAGUAAACAAAAUGGACUUCCAGUACGUUCACCGUCCACGUAACAACAUCCAGGAUUUACUGUCAGAACUGUGUGUUUUUCUUUAUUUUAGUUUUCUUUUAGAUUUUAUUUCAUCUCAUGGUGCUAUUUUGCUUCUGUUUUAAAUAAAUACUGUAAUGUAUUGCAAA